AUGACCCAGAGAGGUGAGGGGUGUGGAUUUUUCGCCUUACUGACAAAGGCUGCCCUGGACGAAGGCUCACUCAGCCCCAGUGACCUCUUGACCCUUUUCAAGCAGCCGGCCCCCGAGACGCGGUCAGCCGUGCGCGCGGCCGAGCUUCUGGACAACACUGUGGAGAUCAUCCGGCAGAUGGUGUACACCCAGGAGAUGGAGCUGAAGAACAUCACGGAGCUGCUGACCCCCCAGGACUUGCAGGCGCUGGCCGAGGCGACAGGCUGCUCCACUCAGACCCAACCCCCCCACUGCGGCCUCUCCUGCUUCGACAGCAAGUACCGCACCAUCACCGGAGCCUGCAACAACCGGAAGUUCCCUCUGUGGGGUGCCUCGAACACGCCCUACGUGCGCUGGCUGCCUGCGGAGUACGAUGACGGAUUCUCUCUGCCGCGCGGCUGGAACUCCGAGAGACUGCAUCACGGCUUCACCCUGCCACCGGUGCGCCGCGUGUCUCACGAGGUGCUGUACACACGGAACGAAAACAUCUCUUUGGACGAGAGCUACUCCCACAUGCUGGUGGAGUGGGGCCAAUGGAUCGAUCAUGACCUCGACCUGACCCCGCAGAGUGCCAGUACUGCGGCCUUCCACAGCGGGGCUGACUGCUCUCGAUCCUGCACCCAGCGCAGCCCCUGCUUCCCAAUACAGAUCCCUGUGGAUGACCCUCGCUCCUGUGGGGAGGUGGAAUGCAUGCCAUUUUUCCGCUCAGCCCCUGCGUGUGUCGGCAGCGGGGAGGGUCAGUCGGGUCUGGCCGGACUCCUGUCCGGUCGGCUGGGCCCAAGGGAGCAGCUCAACAGCAUCAGCUCAUUCGUGGACGCCAGUGUUGUGUACGGGAGCUCUGCACCCCUCGCCAUGGCCCUGCGAAACCAGUCCUCCCAGCGUGGCCUACUCGCCGUCAACCAGCACGCCUCGGACCAGGGCCUCGCCUACUUGCCCUACCUGCAGAGCGGCCACCAGGACCCCUGCAGCCGGCCUCGCAACCACAGUGCUGAUGAGCCAGCCAGCAACACCACCUCCUGCUUCAAAGCAGGUGAUUCCCGUGCAAAUGAGCACUUGGGAAUGCAGGCUCUCCACACCCUGUUCCUCAGGGAGCACAACCGGCUGGCUCUGGAGCUGGGGAAGGUGAACCCCCACUGGAGCGGAGAGACCAUCUACCAGGAGACCCGCAAACUGCUGGGAGCUGUGCACCAGGUGCUGACGUGGAGAGAUUACCUCCCUCGUAUCCUGGGCCCUGACUCCUCCCCUAAGCUCCUCCCCCCCUACACUGGGUACCGCCCCCUCGCUGACCCACGCAUUGCCAACGUGUUCGCCACUGCCGCCUUCCGGUUCGCUCACGUCACCAUCCAACCACAGCUUUUCCGAUUGGACCAGAACUACUCGCAGAGCCCCGCCCACCCCAACAUCCAGCUCCACCAAUCAUUCUUCUCGUCCUGGAGGCUGGUGCACGAGGGAGGAGUGGACCCGCUGAUCCGAGGGCUGGUUCUGAACCCGGCCAAGCUGCAGACUCAGACCCAGAUGAUGCCAGAGGAGCUGACAGAGAGGCUGUUCCAGGCCCAGGGGGCGCUGUCCCUCGAUCUUGCCUCCCUCAAUCUGCAGAGGGGCCGGGACCAUGGGCUGCCAGGGUACAAUGCCUGGCGCCGGCUGUGCGGUCUGUCGGCCCCUCGCAAUGUCUCGGAGCUGGGGUCCGUGCUGAGCAGCCCCUCCCUGGCGGAGAAGCUCUCUGCUCUCUACGGGACCCCCGAAAACAUUGACGUGUGGAUAGGAGCCAUCUCGGAGCCCCUACUGCGGGGGGCGCGGGUGGGGGCUCUGCUCGCCUGCCUGCUGGGGAGGCAGUUCAGGGAGCUACGUGACGGAGACAGGUUCUGGUGGGAGAGGGAGGGCGUGUUCUCAGCUGCUCAGCGUUCGGAGCUCCGCAGGGUGUCUCUGUCACGCAUCAUCUGUGACAACACGAGAAUCCAGCGCCUUCCCCGUGACGUCUUCAUCAGGAACCAGUACCCACAGGACUUCCUGUCAUGUGACAGUGCGGCCAUCCCUCGACUCCACCUGUCAGCCUGGAAGGAGGAGACACGCGGUACCCUAAACCAGUCCCCUCUCCCCACCCCACACCACUCCCCUCACUCUCCUCUCUCUCAGACCUGCAGUGUGGUGCACUCCCCUCUCCCUACCCCACACCACUCCUCUCACUCUCCUCUCUCAGACCUGCAGUGUGGUGCACGCCCCUCUCCCCACCCCACACCACUCACCUCAAUCUCCUCUCUCAGACCUGCAGUGUGGUGCGCUCCCCUGUGUCGAUCACUCUCUCUCCUCACUGUCUCUCUCCUCACUCUCCUCUCUCAGACCUGCAGUGUGGUGCGCUCCCCCGUGUCGAUCACUCUCUCUCCUCACUCUCCUCUCUCAGACCUGCAGUGUGGUGCGCUCCCCCGUGUCGAUCACUCUCUCUCCUCACUGUCUCUCUCCUCACUCUCCUCUCUCAGACCUGCAGUGUGGUGCGCUCCCCCGUGUCGAUCACUCUCUCUCCUCACUCUGUCUCUCUCCUCACUCUCCUCUCUCAGACCUGCAACCUGCAGUGUGGUGCGCUCCCCCGUGUCGCUCACUCUCUCUCCUCACUCUCCUCUCUCAGACCUGCAGUGUGACCUGCAGUGUGGUGCGCUCCCCCGUGUCGAUCAUUCCUUCUCUGUUCGUUGUGGGCGCUCCGUGUUCUUCGAGUGUCAUCCCGGCUACCGCCUAGAGGGGCUGCCGUCUGUGACCUGCGAUCCCGAGCGAGGGGAGUGGAGUCAGCCAACGCCCAUCUGCCACGGGCACUGGAAGUGGUUCAUCAUUACCGCAGUGAUCACCGUGAUUGGCAGUGCCGUACUGAUCUCCCUGCUGGUCACAUGUCACAGAAGGUUCUCAGAGAAGAGACGGAGCCCCCUGAUUGGUGGGCAGUGUAAAGGGGGCUGCCUUGGACAGGAAGGAGGUCCAGACAACACAGGAGGAAUCCACUGA